AUGCUACCCCUGCUGGCCGCCGCCCUCCUUACGAUAGGAGAAGCGUCUGCACGCUACACAGCCAAUCUUCCCGCAAAGCUUACUCCAGGUCCCGUAACGGCCGACUACAUCACCGCCAGCCUCGACCAAUCCGAUCUGGACAGCCCCAAACUCAGUCACAGCAACGCCUCUACUUUCGACUGGUGGCACUUCGAUGCCAUCGCCCUCGAGAACACCAACGCCUCGGUGGCCAUUACCUUCUCGAACGGCGGACCGGCCGGGUUUCCACUCUCUUACCCUCCGACCAACAGCUCUCUCCCCGGUAAUGGUACCGGUGCGGCAGAGGCGCACUUGCAGGAAGAGCAGGAGGACCACGCCAUCUGGGCCCAUCUUUGGAUCACCUUUCCUGAUGGAAGGAAGUUUCACCACUCGCAGCGUGCCGACUCCGCACGCCUCCACGGAUCUGGCGACUCGUCUGUUGCUAUUUGGCAUGGCGUUGGCGGAUGGAUGGGGAGCGAGGAGGGGUACGAGGUUGAGAUUGGGAUGCAGCAGCCUGAAAAGAAGGUGAAUGUUACGGGCCGGAUCAGUAUGGAGCGGAUCACGCCGCCGCACUCGCUCUGCUCCGAUGCCGCAAACUUCAGCACGAAUCUCGCUCUUGGUGACCAGGGACUCGGAUGGGUGGGGAUCCUCCCCGAUGCAAUUGCGCACGUCGACGUCAGCGUCAACGGUGAGAAACUGAUGUUUGAGGGUUAUGGGUAUCAUGAUAAAGUCUGUUGCCUCCCCUUGGUCCCUAUCACUACACUUGCUCCCCACAUUCCAGUGCACAGGAUUCCUCUGCUGAUAUGGAGCUCCAAGCCCUUCACCUCAUCGACGAAAUCGCUGACCCGCGGCCGCGCGCAUCUGGGGCUAUACUCGCUGCUCUGGCUCUCUUACACGCCAUCCAAUUCCAGUGCGCAAAUUGUCUCCUCGUUCCUCAGUCGUGAUGGGACGACAGUGAGCGCUGGGUGUGAAGCGGGCUCUGUCCGAAUCAACCCUGGCACUGAGCAGACCGAGGGCGGACCGGUCAGUGGGUUCCAGAUUGCGUUCCCAGGGGCACAAGUUAGCGUUGCGACGGAUAUGGAAGAGAGUGAGAGCAAUGGGGGCCAUGUACGAUGGGUCGGACGGGCGAGGGGAGUGCUGGAGGGGAAUGAUGAGGAGGGUGGUGCGAUUUUCGAAAGGUUUGAGUAUUAG